AUGAACUAUCUAGUAUUCUUUAAUGGUUUCGAGAAAAAACAGCUAAGAAAAAUACUAACUGGCAGCGCGCUAGUUCUUGUUUUUCUUGUGGCAGCGUGCCAGGGAAGCGGAAGAGCUCCUAGAGGGAAGGAGCCUGAUGCCAUUAAUCUAUCUGCGGGAGAAAAAAGAAAGACAGCUGGAACAGGCAGUUCUGUGGAUCCAUCUUCCACUGGUCAAUCUGCACCAGGCAGUAAAAAACAAAAAAAAGAGUGCAGUACAUCACAAGAAGCAUCCAAUGCUUCUGAUUCAGAGGAAGAGAUUGACAUUAUGACAGUGGAUGAUGUGCAGCCAAUGCAGGUCGGUCAGCAAG